AAUUAAUCAUCUAUGGGAUAAGCACAUUCAAAUGAAGAUUGUUUAUUCAUGAACUAUCGAGCAGAAGAAAUAUUCACUCAGGAGUAACCUUACCAACCUUACCAACCAUAGUAGCCUUAAUAACCUUAGUAACCUCAGCAAUAAAGGAAAUUUUUCAAAGCAGCUAAAAAACCUUCUGCAUAAUAAACUAGUUAGAAAAAUAUUAAUUAAACGUCAAGUCCAUUGUAACUUGACAAAGUGCAGCAAUCUUUAGAAGAAAAAGUUAAGGGCAAUUAAUUCUUCUCUUAAAAAAAUUAUUAAAAAGCAAUCGAAUGUUAUACCAAAGCCAUUGUAUAAAACAAUAAAUAUUUAGAAUUUACAUGGUACCGAUUCCAUUUACUACUCAAAUAGAGCUGUCGUCUAUAAAUAAAUAAAUAGAUUUUAAGAGGCCAAAAAAGAUGCAGAAUAAGCUUUAAAAAUUGAUUAAACAAAUGCAAGGGCAUACUUCAUUUAUGGAACAGUUAUUUUGAUUGAAGCAUAAAUGAGUCCAGAAAUAAGCGAAUAAUUAAUUAAAUAGGCUCAUAAAGGUCUUUAAUAUUUAGACCAGGGUAUUAAAUUAUUAUUAUCUUAAAGCAUACGAGAAUAUAAAAGAUAAUAAUGAUUAAUAAAAGAAUAAACUGAAAGUUUUGAUAAAUCAAAAUUUAGGAAAAGGAAGAAGAAUGGUUUUCUUGAUAGCUCAAGAAAUGGAUAGAAUCAGUAUGAAAAUUAAAUAGUUUUGUAGAUGUCUAAUCUUUAAAAAGUAUCCUUGCUGACAUUGCAGAAAGGAGAAAAGUGAAGUUAGAUUGGAAUUAUCUAUAAAGGUAAACGUAAAAAAAGAUGCUCUAAGAUAUACCAAUACCUUAGGCUUUUACAUGUAUUAUAUCAUAUGAAAUAAUGAAUGAACCCAUUCUAUUUAAUACUGGUCAAACAUAUGAAAAGGAUAGCAUCUUUAAAUAGUUUACUUCAAAUGGUUGCACAGAUCCUAUCACAAGAGAAUAAAUUAAUCCAUAAACUGCAAGGCAUAAUUUGUAGUUACUUUAAGGAAUAAAUUAACUAAAAUAAAAGUAUGGAUGGAUUGGAAUAGAAUAAGAGGAAAAUUACAAAUCAAUAAAAUUUGAAUGA